UCUGUCUCAUUCAAUAUCAGAGUGACGCGAUUGUGCCAGAGCUUCUCUGCCCAAGGACGCGGGAUCUUUACAACCGUCUCGCAAAAGUCGGACUAACCGAAAUGGCCCUCAAACAAACAAAACGUUCGUAGAACUUGGCUACAAGGUCAUCAUUCGAAAAAAAAAAAAUAUGGCUAAUACUCCAACGACUAGUCCAAUUCGGGUCCAAACGCGCCAGGAGCAGCUCACUCUCCGCGCCGUCGCCCAAAAGAUCCCGAUCCCAACCCAACCAGAGCCCGACUCCACUGAUUCAACGGGACACAGCGACAAUGAAGAUGGCUCUGAAGCUAGCUCCGGCUCUCGAGCAGAGAACGAUGCUGAGCCUUCUGAUAACCCCCCGCAAACGUCAGUAGCAGACAAAGUGAACGACCAGAUGAGAAAGUACGCGUCGGGCAUACCAAAGGAACUUUCCGGCGCCAAAAAGUACUUCGUGGUAUGGAAUGGAAUGGAAACCGGCAUAUUCGGAAGUUGGGACAAAUGUCAGCCUUUGGUUAAAAGAUAUCCAGGGGCAGGGUACAAGAGUGCGAAGAACUACAAUGACGCCGUGAGACACCAUUCUGCUCGGCGAUAAAUAGUAUCUCUGAUGUGUUUAAUCAUAGGUGGAUCUCCUGCGUAAUAAGUUGACAGAAAAGCUCGAGGCAGAAGAAGCAAGGCAUG